GGGGCCCACCUGUACAUGUCGCCACUACUGCGCCAGCUAGCGCUGCUGCAGCCUGCAUAUUGCCAUUGGUCAUUGCAUGAUCCAAAGCUAGCGAGAGCAUUUCAAAAGCUUCAGCUUUCAGACAUUGUGUGCAAGUUUUUUUGGGCGCGCCUCAAAAGUAAAGAGUUAUUACAUUGCAGCCUGCCAAUUUUUACGCCUGCGUGUCCACCUUCGCCUGAAAGCACAAAAUUGCAAAAAGAUGGACUCCAUCCAGAAUGAGUUGGUGAAGCGGUUUGCCAAAAACAAGCUGCAGGAGUUAAUGGGAGGGGGGCAGGCGUCCUCCAAGCAUGAUGCUCAGAGCAUGGUGAUUGACAUGGUCAAGUCCCAGUUUGGGCUCGGACAUGACGAUGCCAAGAAAGUCACUCACGAGAUGACAGGUCCAGCAGAGGAGGAGUCUGGAGGAUUUGGCGGAAUGAUGGGAAAGGCAGCUAACUUCCUUGGGGGUGGGGAUGAGAAGCAUCAGAUGCAAGGUGGGGCCGGCUAUGGCAAUCAGAUGGGCGGGGAGUCCUAUGGGCAGGGUGGCUUCGGAGGCGGCGGCUACGGAGGCGGCCAGCAGGGAGGGGACAUGAUGGGACAGGCGGAGCGGCUGGCAAUGCAGGCACUUGGAGGGGGGCAGGGCGGCAACCAAGUUGUGGGAAUGCUCAUGGACAAGUUCGGGUUGGACCAUGGUAGUGCGCGGGAAGUCGUCAACAGACAGCAGGGGAACAUGGACGGAGCUGCAGGGGGAGGGAGUGGGGCUAUGGGCGGAUUCGCGGAGAAAGCAGAGGGCUUCUUGGAGAGGAUGACAGGACAGUAGGCAUGCUGAUGGUUUCUGGGACAGACUCGGAGGACACUUGCACGCAGUAGGUUAGAGUAGAUGGACGUCGCUUAGAGUUCCUUUUGAUUUUGAACACCACGCGGGUCGUGAAUAAACUUACCACAGACCAGUGUCGAACGAGUCAUUCGUUGAAUGUGAGGGAUCGUUUUAUCACUAGCCUUAAGAGCCAUGCAUAUGAUCCUUGACUGAUGCUUGAUUUGGAUGGCACCGACAGUCAAAUCUUCAAUGUGGAAUUAUCAGUACUGAGGCG